UGUCGGUCCCGCUCCCGUUCCGGUUCCCGUUCCCGGUGUCAUUCCCGUCCCUGUCCCCGCUCAGGUCCCCGUCCCGGUCCCCGCUCCGGUUCCCGAUGCUGCUGUCGGUCCCGCUCCGGUUCCCGCUCCCGCUCCCGAUGUCCGUCCCGGUGCCGCUCCCGUUUCGGUCCCGGUUCCCGGUGUCGGUCCCGUUGCUCCUGGCCGCGCUGCUGUCGGUCCCGUCCCCGUGCCGCGCUCUCUCGUCCUGCCGCUCCCUGGACCUGGAGGCGGCGCGGCUGAAGCGCAUCGAGGCGGUGCGGGGGCAGAUCCUCAGCAAGCUCCGGUUACCGGUCCCGCUCCCGGUGCCAUUCCGGUUCCCGUCCCGGUUCCCUGUCCCGUUCCCGUUCCCGCUGUCCGUCCCGGUGCUGCUGUCGGUCCUGUUCCCGCUCCGGUUCCCGUUCCCGUUCCGGUUCUCGUUCCCGUUCCCGGUGUCGCUCCCGGUGUCGUUCCCGUUCCCAUUCCCAUUCCCGUUCCGGUUCCCGUUCCCGAUGUCGCUCCCGGUGUCGGUCCCGUUCCGGUCCCCGUUCCGGUUCCCGUUCCCGAUGUCGCUCCCGGUGUCAUUCCCGUCCCCGUCCCCAUCCCCGUCCCCGUCCCCGUCCCGGCUCCGGUUCCCGUCCCCGUCCCGGUUCCCGUUCCGGUUCUCGCUCCCGGUGUCGUUCCCGUUCCCAUUCCCAUUCCCGUUCCCGUUCCGGUUCCCGGUGUCCGUCCCGCUGCUGUUGUCGGUCCUGUUUCCGUUCCGGUUCCCGGUGUCGUUCCCGGUGUCGGUCCCGCUCCCGUCCCCGUCCCGGUCCCGGUCCCCGCUCCGGUUCCCGUUCCUGCUGGCCGCGCUGCUGUCGGUCCCGUCCCCGUGCCGCGCUCUCUCGUCCUGCCGCUCCCUGGACCUGGAGGCGGCGCGGCUGAAGCGCAUCGAGGCGGUGCGGGGGCAGAUCCUCAGCAAGCUCCGGUUACCGGCGCCGCCCCCGGAGCCGGGCCCGGUGCCGGCGGCGCUGCCCGAGGAGGUGCGGGCGCUGUACAACAGCACCCGGGAGCUGCUGCGGCAGCGCGCCCGGCGGCGGCUGCGCGGCGAGGAGCCGCGGGACUACUACGGGCAGGAGCUGCUGCGGUUCCCCAUGGAGAGCCCCGGGCACGGUGACACGCAGCGCUGGCGCCCCUCCCCCCGCAGUCUCUAUUUCGUGUUUAACAUUUCCCAAAUUCGGGCCGGGCUGGGCCGGGCUGAGCUGAGCCGGGCUGAGCUGCGCAUGGUGCGCCAGGGGACAUUGGGGACAUCGGGGACAGCGGGGACAGCGGGGACAUCGGCAGGGACAUCGGUCCUGGGGACGGAGCAGAGAGUCGAGCUCUACCAGGGAUUCGGGAACUCCUCCUGGCGGUAUCUCCACGGCCGCUCCGUCAUUGUCACCGCUGAGGACGAGUGGCUCUGGUUCGACGUCACCGACACCGUCCGGCAGUGGCUGCGCGGCUCAGAACCGCUGGGUGUGUUCCGGCUCAGCGCCCACUGCCCGUGUGACUCCGGCGGCCCCGGGGACGCCCCAAACCUCAAAAUCUCCAUCGAAGGCUUCGAGCAGCAGCGCGGUGACAUGCAGAGCAUCGCGCGGCGUCACCGCCGUGUCCCCCACGUCCUGGCCAUGGCGCUGCCACCCGAGCGCGCCCAGGCCCUGCACGGCCACCGGCAGCGGCGGGAGCUGGAGGGACAGCACUGCGGGGGCCCGGAGGAGGGGAGCUGCUGCGUGCGGCCGCUGUGGAUCGAUUUCCGCCGGGACCUGCAGUGGAAGUGGAUCCACGAGCCCCGCGGCUACAUGGCCAAUUUCUGCGGGGGGGGCUGCGCCUACAUCUGGGGGGGCGACAGCCACCACACCAAGGUUUUGGCGCUGUACAACCUGCACAACCCGGGCGGUUCGGCGGCGCCGUGCUGCGUGCCGCACACUCUGGAGCCGCUGCCCAUCGUUUACUACGUGGGGCGAAAGGCGCGCGUGGAGCAGCUCUCGGGGAUGGUGGUCAGCUCCUGCAAGUGCAGCUGACCCCCAAAAACCCCCAAAUUCACCCCAAAAAAAUCCCCAAAUUCACCCCAUAAAUCCCCGCGUUCACCCCAAAAAAUUCCGCCUUUGUUCCGCGCUGUUGGACCAAUAAAUGUUAUUUAAUUUCUA